AUGUCAGUUGUGUCUCUUGGACUACAUGAUAACAGCUGGGUGCAUAGCACGUAUGAAAUGAGAGAAAGCUGGGCAACGACCUACCUGAGGGGCACUUUCUGUGCUGGAUACAGGACAACUUUGAAAUGUGAAGGGAUCAAUGCUUUCAUUAAGGGUUUUCUGAAAUCGACUGAUAGCAUUUUGGAACUGGUACAUAGUCUGGACCGAGUUGUUAAGGACUACCGGAAUAAUGAAGUUACGGCCCAAUUCUAUUUCACAUAUUAUAGUCCGGUGCUAACCACUGGCUUAGAUUCGAUCGAGCUGUUUGCAUCAAAGGUGUAUACACGGGCAGUGUUUAAAGAAGUAAAUAAACAAAUUAAGGGCGUGGCAACAUUAUUGUUUCGGAGUAGGGACAGCAUUAGCACAACAUCUAUGUAUAGAUUUUUGAGGAUGGAAAAAUCGGACAAAACACAAAAGGUGUUGUAUGAUCUGAACGAGGAGAAAAUUGAGUGUGAGUGUUCAAUGUGGAACAGUGAAGGGAUUCCUUGUUCUCAUAUCUUCUGUAUGAUGAAGUACGAGGGAUUGAAAAGAAUACUGCAGGGUCUUGUUCUGAGUAGGUGGCGUAAGGAUGCAAAGGAUUGCCAAUCAAAAUCGUUGGAAGUUGCAGAGGGGCAUGAUGGAUGGCUGCUUAGACAUGGUGCCCUUUGUGGGGCGAUGAGUUUGGUUGCCAAACUUGAGUCAGAAGAUGCUGCAGAUUUUGUAGUUUCUAGGGACGGUCUUGCUAACCUGGCUAAAGUGCUUCAGCGCAGAGUGUAUGACAGGGUUGGAAUCCAGCUUGGUCUAUCGUCGCAAGACAGGAUCAAGGAUCCAGAGGUGUCGAAGACAAAGGGUGCUCCGAAGAAGGGCAAGGAACCCGAACCUGGUAGCCAGGGUAAGGAUCGGAGUAAGCAAAGACGCUGCACAAAGUGUGGCGCUCCUGGGCACACUAAGAGGACAUGCACUUGGCGACGGGAAUCCGGUGUUGCUGGCAAUAUUGGUGGAGCAAAUCCAGGCUUUGUAUCAUGUUCGUCGCCUGUCCCAAGCGCCCCGUCUGCCUCUAGGCUGACAAGAUAUCCUGAAAAAGAUGAGGUUUUAGCUGUUUGUUGUGUUAUGGAAUUAUGUGUUCUUUGCAUUGAGUUGCAAGAAAUGUUGGCUGACCAUGUCGGUUUGGCCGCCGUGAACAGAAUAUCCUGGGUAAGCCAUCGUCCAGCAGGAGACACGGAGAUGGAGGUUGAUACCAUUGAGGAUUUGGCUUAA